AUGAAAUCUCAAAUUUUUAUCCUCUUGGCUUUAAUUCUAGCAAUUGCACUUUCAAGUGUUUCAGCGGUUCCCGAGUGUAGUUUUACUUGCACCGAUGGUGUCAAAGUUAUUCUACCAAACAUCGAAACCAAAGAAAUUUGUGAUAUGGCUGUAAACUAUGCCGAGUGUCCAGUAAGAAAGGUACCUGAUGUAGAUCAGUACUGUAUCCCAUGGUGCUACCCUUGCAAUCAAUGUACUGUUGAUGUCAAAGUUGCAUCCUAUUCUUUUGUUGAUAUCUAA